AUGCGCGCUGACUUGGGAUUGGGGCAGGGGAAGGUUGUUGGUGGGACGUGGUCUGACCUGUGCGUAUGAAGAUUGAGAAUACAGCCUAAAAUGGAGUUCGGCUCUUUUUUACAGGAAUUGUGACCGUUAAGGAACAAGAUGGCUGUGUGUGUUUCACGGUGCUGUCGUGUCCUGGCUGCGUUUUUGUACAUUUACUCCGUGUGUGGUUUUUUUCUGAGGGAAACGUUGCAAGGGACCUGGUACACAUGGCUGAUUAGGGACCUGGUACACAUGGCUGAUGAGAGGGACCUGUUACACAUGGCUGAUGAGAGGGACCUGUUACACAUGGCUGAUGAGAAGAACCUGACGAUCGUCUGAAGAUGGCCAAUGAGAGAUGAGAGCGAUGAAGCCCACGAGGAAUGUGAUGCUGAUACUCUGUCCGAUGCUGGUUCUCGGCUUCCUGUACUAUUCGUCUGGGAGACUGCACAUCCGCACCUGGGUCCAAAGACCACAGGUGGACAAGGACAGCUCAUUCUCCGUGGGACGGGUAGUAGCUUCAGGUAUAGUCAAAGCACAGAUUGAACCAGUCAAGCAGGGCAGAGUGGAAGUGGUGUAUGACAAGCAGGGAUUCCUCAUUAAGCCUGAUGGAAGACUGCUGCUGGAGCUACAGUAUAAGUAUGGAAAUCUGAGUAAAGAAGAUUGCAAGCCCGGCUAUUCGGGGGCUAAGAUGACCUCAAUCUAUCCAAAGUUUGUGAAACUGGCUCCUAUGUUCCUUGAUCAGAAUUUUAACCGGCUGUCGAAGAUCAGCACCUACCCACCACCCUUCGGGAUAAAAUCACAAGAAAAGAUCAUCAACAACAUUUUAGCUGAGACUAAGAAAUACGGGCUUGGAGAUGACCUGGACAGUUUGAGCUGUAAGAAGUGUAUCGUCAUUGGCAAUGGAGGGAUCCUUUUCAACAAGUCCCUGGGCUCCACAAUUGAUAAGUAUGAUGUGGUCAUAAGGCUGAACGAGGCUCCAGUGAGCGGCUAUGAGAAGGACGUGGGCUCUAAGACCACCAUGCGUAUCACGUAUCCAGAAGGAGCUAUUCAGAAACCCGAGCUCUACGAGAAGAGCUCUCUGUUCGUCCUUUCUGCCUUCAAACCAUCUGACUUCAAAUGGCUCAGGCACAUAGUGUUCAAGGAGAAACUGUCUCCGCGUGGGACAGAUGGAUUCUGGAAGUCAGUGGCGCGUGCCGUGCCCAGGGAAGCAGCAGACAUGAGGAUACUGAACCCGUAUUUCAUCCAGGAGGCAGCGUUUCAGUUCAUUGGUCUGCCACACAACAAUGGCCGCAUGGGUCGAGGGAACAUCCCAACGCUGGGGACCGUGGCGAUCACAAUGGCACUACAUAACUGUGACGAGGUGGCAGUGGUUGGCUUUGGCUACGACAUGGGCAACCCUCAAUCACCACUGCAUUACUACGAGAAGCUCAAGAUGUUGGCUAUCAAAGAUUCAUGGACACACAACAUAUCAAAAGAAAAGGAGUUUCUGCGGAAGUUGGUGACGGCCGGUGUAAUUCAGGAUCUGACCAACGGGAUCUGAGCGUCUCUCACACACCUGCACGAAUAUGGAAAUGCCGUUGCUGACUUGCUCCUACCUAGCACCAGAGUGUGCGGACUUCACACGUUAGCUCAGCUGAUUUUACAACAUUGCUACAGGAACACUCCGACCAUCGCAAAUCUCAAAGCUCUGGUCAGAGAACACGCUAGUAUGUAAGACACAAAAAAGGUGUGCUUUAACUCCCUUUUGUGAAAUGUUUUAAAAUGCAGAGUGAGGUGCACUCCUUUGUUUUUAGUUAUUAUUACAGUUAUUGCUAGUGACAUUAAGCAUUGGCGGCUGCAGGGACCACAAAACAGCAUGGUUGCCUCGCAAGUGAAUUGAGGCACAGCACACCCUUGUGUAAACCUAGAUAAAUAAUAGCAUCUGUUAGUUAAAUGCUGUUCUAAUGAUUCAAAAAAUGGCUGAAUGUUAAUUGUACCUUUUAUUGACUUGGUGGCUAGUCUAGGUAUAGAUUUAGCAAACAAAUGGGUGUGGCCACCAGCUGUAAUGUGAAAGGGUCGGGUUAGUGUCAAGGAAGCCAGAAAUUUACAGAGGCUGUUUUUGAGGUUUAAUUCCUUAAAUCAGCUUGAUGGGCUGUGGUGUGAGUGGUACAGUUUUAAACUUUUUAACUAUAUAUAUAUAUAUAUAUAUAUAAAUAUAUAAAAUCUUUUUAAAAUGUGCCCUUUGUUCAGUGACGGUCAUUACAAUAAUACUGUAAAUAAAAUUCAGCACAGUUAACAAGUUUACUUGCAUGAACUUCACAUUGUACUGACUCCUUUAUACUGGAGUCAAUGCCGAAACGGGCAACAACAGCCGAAGCAGCAAGUCCAGUUCACACGUGGCCGUCCCUGCAGCCGUCCACACUUAGAUACGUGUACACGAGAGGGAGUAUCUGUUCUUUUCUUUUCUUUUGUUUUGUUUUGUUGCGUUUAGUGUUUACAUAUUCAGAGUUUGUUACAUUCUUCGAUCCACCUCAGUGUGCUGUGUGCUUUACUUCAGAACUUUAAUAGUGUUCACCUCAAACCUGGGCUGCUUUCUCUGCAGUCUGUAGUGUUACAGAUGAUCAGGACUGUUUUUCUGCUAUAUAUUCUGUUCUGAUAUAUACACACACACACAGUACUGUGCAAAAGUUUUAGGCACCCAGUUUGUUUUUUUUAGUACACACCUUGUAUAGAUUUUUUUUAAUUUUAUGACUACAUUAUGGAGUCAGUACAAAAACAUUUUAGAUUCCCAAACACUAGUUUUCUAGCACAAAAUUUUAUGUUACAGAAAAAUGCUUGAAUAUCAGUAAGAAAGCAGCAUAUUACGUACGAAGCCACUUUUCAGACAUAAAAUUUAAUGAAGGCUGCUGGGUUUUGCUGCAAAAAUAAGAAGCAAGUGCAAUGGUCAAAGUCUACAGAAGAACCGUAUCUGGUACGGCAAGAUGCUCAAUAAAACUUACAGCUCAUUUCCUUAUAAAACUGCACAAAUUGUACCAGAGACUACUAUAUGUUUUUGUCACAUCAAAUAUUGACUUUCAUUUACUUUGUUUUUUAUUUAUUUUGAAGGCAUCUUUGUUCUACAGUAUUUCUUUGCAUGUGCUUAAAACGUUUGCACAGUACUGUACAUCACCAGGACUAAAGUGGAUUGUGUUGGUGUUGAAAUCAUUACAGUUUUCUUCCUCAACCUGUGAUUCAGUCUGUUGCAGUAUAUGACAAAUCAGUAUAAUUAAAGUAUUCUGAGUUUGUUAAA